AUGGCAAUUGUUGAAAAAUAUAUUCAGUUACAUUUUCCUGAAACAACAACUUCAAAGCUGAGCAGACUUUUACUUGGAGGCUUGAAGGAGAUCAGCACUGAUGUCCACAGCACAUCCAUGACAAAGACUGCUGCGAGCUGCGGCAGGGCACUGCCUCAGAGAUCCACCUUCUAUGGCUGUCAGUCAAGGGCACGGACACUGGAGUUUCGAAGUGCGCUGUGGUAUGUCAAGAAAUUUGGCAAGUAUUUGAAGCAGCUUGAGAUGAAAUUAUCAAAUCCUUCCAAUACUGCCUUUACCCAGAAAUUUCAAGUGACUAUGAGAGGUGUUCUUUCACAUCUGGAUAAGUGUAACCGUCGCCUAGUGUCCCUGAGCAUCAAGUACCUGGAAUUAGACCACUUGAUCUGGAAAAAUACCAUCAGGGCCCAGUUUAUCAAGAACUUAGCUACCUUCCUGAAAAGAAUGAGCAAACAGCUUGAUUAUCUCAACUUAAAAGGAGCAAGAGUAACUUUGGAAGAAGGCUGUGACCUUCUAAAUUCUCUGAGCUGCAUGACAAAUAAAAGCUUUGUAUCUGAGAUCAGUAUUGAGGAUUACUUCAGUCACCACCUUCCUGUCUACAGCAGCACCUUGUUCCACCAGACUAUGUCCAAGUUCCACAGCCUGGUCAUCCUGACUUUCAAUUAUAACUCUGUCUCCUAUGAGCUUCUGGAUAUCCUGCAAGAGCACAGCACUCAUUCCCUGUGCACCUUGAAUAUCAAAUGUCAUAUCCGUGACCCACAUGGGCAAGUAGUCUCAGGAAUGUCGUGGGCAAACUUGGCUAAGAGAGCCCCAAAACUGCACGUGAACAUCUUCUGAAGAGUGAUGAAGCGUGAUCACCUAGCCAGGAUCCUGCUAGAGGAAAUUCCAGUAAGGAGCAUCAGUCUACGGAGCUGCAAUUUCAGUAACCCAGACUGGACAAUGAGACCUACCCUCACCAACUCUCCAGCCUAUUGGUGUGUUCUGCAGGUAAGAAAACAAUAA